AUGGCAAUGGCUGACAAUGGGCGAGUUGUGUGCAAAUGCACAGCGAGGAGGAGCUUCUGCUUUAGAGAAGUGACAUUCGACGAGAAGCCCAAUCUCCGAAACCAUCUACGAAACGUUUCGACAGUUCCUCUCUUUAGAAACGGCCUCAUUACUCGGUGCCCAUCUGUCGCCGGAAAUAGCAUUCUCAGCAUGGAUGCACGAGAGAAUUCGAGGUCCUCCAUAUUGCCAUCAUCAAGACAUCAGAGAGUUCCCAUAUAUGUGAUGAUGCCUGUUGAUGCAUUCUGCAUUGAUGGUUCAGGGCGUCCAAAGAUUAGGAAAAUCAAGGCCUUAACUGUAGCUCUAAAAGCACUCAAGUUGGCUGGUGUCCAUGGAAUUGGAGUUGAGGUUUGGUGGGGAAUCGUGGAGCGUUCCUCUCCUCUCGCAUAUGAUUGGUCUCUAUAUGAAGAGCUUUUCAAACUGGUUUCUAAGUCAGAGUUGAAGUUGCAUGUGGCCUUGUCUUUUCACUCAAACAUGAACUCUUCUUCUAGCAAAAAAGGUGGUGUAAGUCUUCCGCUUUGGAUAAUAGAGAUUGGCGAUCACAAUAAGCACAUAUAUUAUCGUGACCAAAAUGGAUUGUCCAAUGAUGAUUAUCUUACACUAGGGGUUGACCACGUGCCUCUGUUCUGCGGCCGGACUGCCGUCCAAUGUUAUGAAGAUUUCAUGUUGAGUUUUGUUAAGAAAUUUGAAUCAUGUAUUGGAAGUGUGAUAGAAGAAAUUAGUGUCGGUCUUGGUCCUUCUGGUGAACUUCGGUAUCCUGCACAUCCUUUUGGUGAUGGUAGAUGGAACUUUCCUGGAAUUGGUGAAUUCCAGUGCUAUGACAAGUACAUGAUGGACGACCUAAAGAUGGCUGCAUGCAAGGAAGGAAAGCCUCAGUGGGGAGAUAGGGGACCACAGAAUGCUGGCGAUUACAACAGUCUCCCAUCUGGAGUUCCUUUCUUUGAAGAGGGAGAGGAAAGCUUUCUUUCUGAUUAUGGGUGUUUUUUCCUUGAAUGGUAUAGUGGUAGGCUGCUUCAUCAUGCAGAUGAUAUUCUUGCAAAGGCAGCUAAAAUUCUGAGGAAAUAUCAAGAAAACAAGAAAACUUCUAUUCUAUUGGUGGCUAAAAUUGGUGGUAUAUUUUGGUGGUAUCAGACAGCAGCACACCCUGCUGAACUUACAGCUGGAUACUACAACACUGCUCUUAGGGAUGGUUAUGAACCUGUUGCUUCAAUUUUGUCUCGUCAUGGAGCUGCUUUGCAUUUUUCCUGCUUAGAAAUGAUGGACACUGAUAACCCAGCAUCCUAUCUUUGCAGCCCAGAAGGAUUACGCCAACAGAUAUGGACUGCUUCAAAGAAAAGGAUAAUACAUUUGAUCGGGAGAAAUACCAAUGAACGAUUUGACAGGGUAGAUUCAUCCUUUGCUUAA